CCACUUCGGUCAACUUGCUGUUAUUUUUUUUGACCGCUUCUUGUUUCCUUUUUCUCUUAUUUCCCUUUUCCUUUCCGCAUUCAUCCUUUUGCUGCAACAACAUAAUGGCCGAAUUCGUGAAGCUUUCUAUUUUCGGUACCGUUUUUGAAGUCACCACAAGAUAUGUCGAUUUGCAGCCCGUUGGUAUGGGUGCUUUCGGUCUUGUUUGCUCUGCAAAAGAUCAGUUGACGGGUAUGAACGUGGCUAUCAAGAAGAUCAUGAAGCCAUUUUCCGCACCUGUGUUGGCUAAACGUACAUACCGUGAACUCAAGUUAUUGAAAGCAUUGAAACACGAAAACAUCAUCAGUUUGAGUGAUAUCUUUAUUUCUCCAUUGGAGGAUAUCUAUUUCGUCACUGAACUUCUCGGCACCGAUCUUCACCGUCUCUUGCAAUCACGACCUUUGGAAAAGCAGUUCAUUCAGUACUUUUUAUAUCAGAUUCUCAGAGGCCUCAAGUACGUUCACUCCGCCGGCGUUAUCCAUCGUGACUUGAAACCUAGCAAUAUCUUGAUCAACGAAAACUGUGACUUGAAGAUUUGCGAUUUCGGUUUGGCUCGUAUCCAGGAUCCUCAAAUGACUGGUUACGUGUCUACCAGAUACUACCGUGCUCCCGAAAUUAUGUUGACUUGGCAAAAAUACGACGUGGCUGUUGAUAUUUGGAGUGCUGGUUGUAUCUUUGCUGAAAUGCUUGAGGGCAAGCCUCUUUUCCCCGGAAAAGAUCACGUCCAUCAAUUCUCGAUCAUCACUGAAUUAUUGGGUACUCCCCCUGACGAUGUUGUGGCCACCAUUUGCAGCGAAAACACGCUUCGCUUCGUGAAGAAUCUGCCAAAGCGAGAACCUAUUCCAUUCAGCCAGCGAUUCGCUGGUCAGGAUCUCCAAGCGAUAGACUUGUUGGAAAAGAUGUUGACCUUUGAUCCUCGCAAACGUAUCACUGCCGAAGAAGCACUUGCACACCCUUACCUCGCUCCUUAUCACGAUCCUUCGGACGAGCCUGCUGCAGUUGAAAAGUUCGAUUGGUCCUUCAACGAAGCUGAUUUGCCCGUGGAUACAUGGAAAGUGAUGAUGUAUUCCGAAAUUUUAGAUUUCCAUAAUGUCGAUAACGUGGAUGGUUCUCAAUAUCUUGGUACUCCCCUGACUGGACCUGUGUUGGAAGGUCAGGAAGCUGCUUACCAGCAACAAUUGCAACAAUAAUUCUACUUGAAAUAUUCUUUCUUUUUCCGUCUUUCUUUUCUCUCUCUAUUUUCUUUGAACCUUUUUUUCUUUCUUUUAUAUCUUUUAGUUUCCGCCCUUUGUACAGUAAAAGAUGCAUACUUCCUCUUUCCUCUUUAAUAAGAACGAUGACUGGAUAUGGGGGUUACACAUGGUUUUUGACAAUUCAAUUGGUAUGUGAUGCGGAAAAUCCGUCUCCGAGAGGAUACAGGAAUGAUUGACCAUGAAUAAAGGAAAAACAUUUUAG